GGGGCGGUCCCUAUUUCCUUGGAGAAGAGUUAAGUACUUGCCACGGAACUGGCUGUGGCUUCUCCGCCCGCCCCUCUUGACCUGCGGCUCCUCAGGCGUCCGCUGACAGCGCAGGAAGCCGGACAAGUCCGGCUGCAGCGACCAGGCUUUGAUGCUGGGCUUUGGUAGAAGGAGACUGUUGUCAGCUCUGCUGCAGGUUCAGAAGAGGCCCUGUCAACCUUCCAGAAACAUGAGACUGGUACAGUUCCAGGUACCUCACCUGGAAGAGCCUCGCCUGGGCCUGGAGUCGGGGAUUGGUGGGGGAGUUGUAGACUUAAAUGCUUUUGACUCGACACUCCCCAAGACAAUGGUGCAAUUCCUGGAGCAGGGAGAGACUACCCUUUCAGUGGCAAGAAGAGCCCUGGAUACUCAACUGCCUGUCAUCCCUCGGUCACAGGUGACCUUCUUGGCCCCUGUCACCCGGCCAGACAAGGUGAUAUGUGUGGGCUUGAAUUAUGCAGACCACUGCCAAGAGCAGAAUGUGCGGGUGCCCAAGAACCCCAUCAUCUUCAGCAAGUUCUCCAGCUCCAUUGUGGGGCCCUACGAUGACAUUGUCCUCCCACCAGAGAGUAAGGAAGUUGACUGGGAGGUGGAGAUGGCCGUGGUCAUUGGGAAGAAAGGCAAACACAUCAAGGCCACAGAUGUCAUGGCUCACGUGGCUGGCUUCACUGUGGCUCAUGAUGUGAGUGCUCGGGACUGGCAAAUGAGAAAUGGAAAGCAGUGGUUACUGGGAAAAACUUUUGAUACUUUCUGCCCCCUGGGCCCUGCCUUGGUUACCAAGGAUACCAUAGCAGAUCCACACAAUUUAAAGAUCUGCUGUCGAGUGAAUGGAGAGGUAGUCCAGAGCAGCAACACCAACCAGAUGGUGUUCAAGACUGAAGAGCUGAUAGCCUGGGUCUCCCAGUUUGUCACUCUUUACCCAGGGGACCUCCUCCUGACUGGGACGCCUCCGGGUGUUGGCAUGUUUAGGAAGCCUCCUGUCUUCCUCAAGAAGGGUGAUGAAGUCCAGUGUGAGAUUGAAGAACUUGGUGUCAUUAUCAACAAGGUGGUGUGAUGGUGUCCCUCUUAGCACUGGACUUGACACAAGGCGGGACUUCUGCUCCCACCCAGCUAACUGCUGGCCCUGUCCACUUGAGGCUGCUCUUUGGUAGGCCUUGGAAAUAAAUUUUCUCUCAAAGUUGCA